AUGGGCAGAGCGCGAACACACCAGCGGUUCUCGCUGCAAAGCCCGAGCGAAUUGCAUUUGUGUUUUGUUCUGUGAGCUAAAAUGAGGCGUCUAACAUAGAGAUAAUAUGUUUUAUUUAUUUUAAAUCGGAACAGCACUCUGGACGUCGUGCCCUCCCUUUUCUUUCUACCUGGCGUUUCGUUCGAGCCGAAAGCCUGCGGUGGAGCGGUCGUCAGACAGGCCGCGAAUCGGGUCCCGUUUCUGGGAGGAGACCACCCAGACUCGCCUCCCUACUUAGCAUUAUUAGCUGGCUACGAUGCGCCGCUGCUGCUGGUGUAUUUCCCUCACGGCAGGCCACUGCAGAGCGAGGCAGACCCGUGGAUAAGUGUUCCCCCCUCACGGAGCCAAAGGGUGCAUUGGAGACACACCACACCUUUCAAGGUAACGUCUUCCCCCCGGCUCGCUCACGUCAUCCGAGGGGCCACGAGCUAACGGUUAGCGGGAUGGAUGUCGAUCUGUGUGCUGGUGGGGGCAGUACCAGAAGAAAAGUGGAUUUGAUUGGGGUUGCAGAAGGAACCAUGGACGUUGUCCCACUGGAGAUGUACGACUCGGCCAGAGCAAAAAUAGCUGGCAACCUGCGGUGGCUGUUUGCCACGGCCUACGGCAUCGACCAUAUUCCAGAGGACUUAAGGGACCCGUUCUACACGGACCAGUACGACCAGGAGCACAUUAAGCCGCCCGUCAUCCACCUGCUGCUGUCCUGCGAGCUCUACUGCCGCGUCUGCGCCCUCAUCCUCAAGGCGGAGCAGGCGGCGUCUCUUCAGUCCCACCUCUCGGUCAUCCAGUCUCUGUCCAGAAAGGGCAUAUACGUUGUGGAAAGUGACGAUACGCCAGUCACAGACGGGGAUCUCGCCUGUGUGCCCAUCAAAAUGAGUGCUCACAUGCCAAUGAUCGACGCGCUCAUGAUGGCCUACACAGUGGAGAUGAUCAGCAUCGAGAAAGUCGUGGCGUCUGUCAAGCGCUUUUCUACCUUCAGUGCCUCCAAGGAGCUUCCCUUCGACCUGGAGGACGCGAUGGUCUUCUGGAUCAACAAGGUGAACACAAAGAUGAGGGAGAUAUCAGAAAGGGAGCACAAAGUCAAGCACCAUGCCCUGGAAUCCCCCAGCCACCAAAAGGUGCGGUAUCGCCGGGAGCACGCUUCAGGCCGCCAGCUGCCCUUCUUCCCUCUGCUGGAGGACCUGAUGAGGGACGUGUGUGACGGCGCCGCACUGCUCACCGUGGUCAACUACUAUUGCCCCGACCUCAUGAAGCUGGAGGAUAUUUGCCUGAAGGAAGUCCCCUCCAUUGCCGACAGCCUCUACAACAUUCAUCUCCUCAAAGAGUUUGCCAACGAGUAUCUGAAUAAAAGUUUCUAUCUGACGAUGGAGGACAUGCUCUACUCGCCGCUCGUGCUCAAGCACAACGUGAUGGUGUUCAUUGCUGAACUCUUCUGGUGGUUUGAGACCGUCAAGCCCGAGUUUGUCCAGCCCAGAGACCUCCAAGAGUCCAAAGAUGCUCGAGCGACGGCUCAGCCCAAGAGUGCCCGCCCAUCAGUGCCUAUCUCCAACGCCACCAAGCGCAGCUUCCUGCUUAGCCCUGGUUCGGCCGAUAACCAGAGCAGCCCUGAAGUCUGUAACAGGUACUUCCUGCACCCCGAAGACUCUGACGCCCUUAAAGGGGGUCCAACCUUCAGUCCUUCCCAUCCGCUUCUGCCCCUCAGACAGCGGCAACAGAAGCAGCAAGGAGAGGAUGACGCCGGACUCAGAAGCCGCUCCAACUCCCUGACCCAGAUGGACGGGCAGCCCCGAGGUUCUGUGGUGGCGUGGCCCGACAAGAGGCAGAGACCGUUGUCCACGCUGAGCCCCUACAUGCUUCAUCCGGCCGCAGACGGCGAUGCAGACAUUGUUUCCGGCGACAGCGUGAGUCUGGCUCGCUCCAUCAGCAAGGACAGCCUGGCGUCCAACGUCAUCAACGUCACGCCCAAACACCAGACGGCUGUCCACCAGACGGCUGUCCACCAGCCUUCGCAGGCGGCGAUGCGCCAAGUCAACGGCCACGGCCUUCUGGGAAACGGCAACAUUGAGGACGGGGUCGAAACUCUGGUGGCGGUCGCGAGGACCGACCCGCAAGCGACUGCCACAGCGGGGCCCAAACCGCCCACGGAGUCCAAGCCUGACCCGGACGGCUUCUACCUAGAACCACUGAUGCCUUCUGUGAUGAAAACGGCGAAAGAGAAGUCUGUAUGUCUAAACAAGCAGGAGGAGAGCGGGGAGGGGCCCCACUCCUCUGGGAGGGGCUCUCUACGCAGAGGAGACGGAUCUACAUCGCCGGUUCGUAGAAAAUCUCCACCCGCCUUGAACCAAACCUUCACCCCGCCGGGUGACCAGCCGGACUUGCCGGAGGAGUCUGCCUCGGGUCAGGCAGAUUUCUGCCCCAUUGUUAGCAGCAGCGUGGACCCCUCAUCCAGAGAGCCAGUUGGGGGCUUCUUCCUUCAUUCAGAUUCUGAAGAAACAAAGUCGACCCAGGGCCCGGACGCUGAGCUUGAGGACCUGGACGAGGAGGAAGAGGAUCUGGAUGAAGCUCUGACCACGAAAGACCCCAGCUGGUCCAGGAAAGCCCUGAAUGAGGAGGACGACGACGAAGAAGACGAAGAAGAAGAAUCGGCCAAACUCCAAGAGGACAUGAAAGUGAAGGAGCACGAGGACAAAGACGUUAACGGGGGCAGCGGCCGCUCCAGCCCGUGUCUCAGCGGUCACUCCCAGGCCAGCAGCAUGGCCAGCGGCAGUGUGCGCAUGACCUCCUUCGCCGAGCGCAAAGCCCAGCAGCAGCGCUUCGGCAGCAACCACGACCUGCGCUCCAGUGCCUCCAGUUCCCAGAGGACCACCCCCGAUGGGUCCGAGAGCAGCAGCCUGCCCCUGACUUCCUCCUGGAGGCUGAAGAGGGACCAGAGCCCCUCCUCCCCCAUGGGAGGAUGCCUCCGCGACGGCAGCGGCAGUGGUUCUCACGUCCUGACUUCUGAAAUUGUCCAGCUCCGCAUGCAGCUGGAGGAGAAGCGGCGGACCAUCGAGCACCAGAAGAAGAAAAUGGAGGCGCUGUCGGCGAGGCAGCGGCAGAAGCUGGGGAAGGCGGCCUUCCUGCACAUCGUCAAGAAAGGCGGAGGCAAAAGCGACACGUUGCCCAGCUCGCUCAAAGCCGACGUCGCCAAAGACACGCUCGGUGCGGCGAGGGCGCCGGCGAGUAGAGACGAUCCGUGUGUCGACGCCCUCGGAGUGGACAACGUGGUCGCGGCGGCCGACCCGCCAGGUGCCUUAGAAGCAGAGAAGAAAGAGCCCGGCGGAAGCUUCCACCCGGAAGAGGAGCUGGACCUCAACGAGUGCAUGCGCUCCAUCGACCUGCUGAACGACUCCAUCGGCAGCAUCCAGCAACAGAUGAUGCAGCUGUCGCUGCAGCAGGAGAUGAUGAUGAUGGUGAAACAGAAUGUACAGUCGCCGACGGCCGCAACGCCGCCGCCUCCUCGUCACGUCACCGUCGACAAAAACGGCGACUCGAAGGGGAAGGCGGGCUUUCACUUCGUGGAGCACAUCUCCAGCGCCGGCACCACUCCGACCAGGAAGCCCCCCAAGCUGAGCUCAGGACGGGCCUCCAGGUCCAAACCAUCGGAGCUAAAGAUAGCCAAGGAGCAGGGCUGGCAGCCCUCCAGGAGCCUCACCCCCACCCAGAGCGGGCCGGACACAUUACCCCACCUGAGGCAGUUAGCUGGGGGCAGGUCCCCCAGGACCGAGCAGCCCGACAGCCCCAAGAACCCCACGGCGGCAGAGACGACCGACAGGCCGGGCGCCGGCCACGUCCGGAGCGCCAACUUCCGCCUUCACGACGAGGCGAACGUGCGCCUGCCGACCCGCGUGGACCUGACCGCCGAGGUCGCCCUGGAAGUGUCCUUCGAUGAGUGCCUGUCCAGCACCCGGCGAGAGUCCGACCUCAACUCCUCAGACGGUUCGGGGAAGGAGAACAAACCAUCGGACGGGGGGCAGCGCAACAAAUCCACACUGAUCCAGGUGGAUCUGUCUGUGCUGAAAGCCCCCGAGGAAGAGGAGGCUGCUGAGGACACGACGGGAGGAGGCGAUGGAGAGCAGUCGGCCAUGAGCUUCUUCUUCAAGGACGAGCAGAAGGCCGAGGAUGAGCUGGCGAAGAAGAGGGCGGCCUUCUUGCUGAAGCAGCAGAAGAAAGCCGAGGAGGCUCGAGUCCGUAAACAACAACUAGAAUCUGAGUCUGAGCUGAAACGAGACGAAGUCAGACGGAAGGCCGAGGAGGACCGCUUGCGUAAAGAAGAGGAGAAGACGCGGCGGGAGCUGAUCAAGCAGGACUACCUCCGGAGGAAGCAGCAGGAGAUGUUCGAGGAACAAGGCCUCGUGAAGCCCAAAACCCCCAAACCUAAGCAGAAGCACCGACCCAAGUCCGGCUUCAGAGAGGAAUCGUGCGACAGUUUCCCCAAGUGCUCGUCUUCCACGCCCGACACCGUGAGCAACGCCCAAUCGGGCUCCAACCUAUCGCUGGCCUCCGCGACCACCAACGAGGCCGACAGCGUCAACUCUGGAGGGGCCGGCUCCCAGCGCUGCGACUCCGUGGAGUCGUUUCCCGGCACUCGGAACAACAGUCGAACCGCCGAGAGGGACUGGGACAACGGCUCCACCGCGUCCUCCAUCGCUUCCAUGGCCGAAUAUACCGGUCCCAAACUGUUCAAGGAGCCGAGCUCCAAGUCCAACAAGCCGAUCAUCCACAAUGCGAUCUCCCACUGCUGCCUGGCUGGCAAAGUCAACGAGCCUCAGAAGAACCAGAUCCUAGAGGAGCUGGAGAAGUGCGACUCCAACCACCUGAUGAUCCUCUUCCGUGACGGCGGCUGCCAGUUCCGGGCGCUCUACUCGUACUUCCCCGACACGGAGGAGAUGCAGAAGCUGACGGGCACGGGGCCCAAGAGCAUCAGCAAGAAGAUGAUCGACAAGCUGUACAAGUACAGCUCGGACCGCAAGCAGUUCACCGUCAUCCCCACCAAGACCGUGUCGGCCAGCGUGGACGCCGUGACCAUCCACAACCAGCUGUGGCAGGCCAAGAGGGGCACUGUGCCGAAGAAGAGCCCAAAGUAGCCGGAUUUUAAGCCCCGCCCCUUUCGUCCAAAUCAUCUUAUCCCCCCUUUGUGUGUGUGUGUGUGUGUGUGUGUGUGUGUGUGUGUGUGUGUGUGUGUGUGUGUGUGUGUGUGUGUGUGUGUGUGUGUGUGUGUGUGUGUGUGUGUGUGUGUGUGUGUGUGUGUGUGUGUGUGUGUGUGUGUGUGUGUGUGUGGACGAGCUUGCAACAAAAAGAUGAACGCCGGCUGAAUUUUGGCUUGGUUUUUAUACGAUGACUGAAGCAUGUGUCAUUUUUCUUUUUUAAUGAAGUAUUUAUUAGUUCAGCACUGUCUCAGCCGCAGCACUAAAGUCCUUCCUUCUCUCCGGACACGCCUCCUCCUUCGGAAGGAUUCAUACCAGAGGGGGGGGGGAUUCUGUCGCUCUGUUCGGGGGGAAAACCUGAAGCAAACGGACCCUUCUACGACCCUUUAGGACCGCCAGUCACAGAAACAAUCUCUUCCUGCUGGACUGUGAAUCUGUCGAAUCGGGCUGGCAUUGUCAAAUUUGCCUCACCGGGGAUCUCCACAAAAAAAAAACACAACCUGCUGCUCUGAACUGUCUUGUUCUUCUUCGUGUCACGGGGAGCUCCUCCUCUCCGCCUCGGACGUCCGUCGGCCUUUCACGCAUCGUGGUACUAUCGUCUAUUUAUUUAACCGCUUUUCUAAGCUAGAUGCUGAUCGCCUAGCACUGGAUACGUGUACAGCAACAACAACAACAACAAUAAAGUUCACCAGGUUUGGUUCGAAUACUUUUUAAUUUGUCAAAACAUCCUUUUCUGGGGAGGAAUAAGUUACGGAUAGAUUUUGGUACAGAAAUAAUGUUUUUCCUCCUUUGAUUCAAAGCGAUGCGGUCGAUGUUAUGUGUUUUCAUCAUAACGGAUAUUCUCUGAUGUUUAGAGCUUAGCUGUGUUUUCUCGCUCCACCGGGCAUUCUCGAGUUGUCCCGUAUGAAGGUGCACUCAUGAACACUUGUCGACGGCCUCUGUCAUGCAAUGUAGCUCCUCCCCCUUCUGUUUUUUUUUUUUUGUUUUUGUCGGCCUGUCCCAACUUUAACCACGAGAGCGGCACACACACUCUUGUUGUGAAGGGUGUGUUCGUGUUGCUCUCAGUAAUUGAUGUGUUCACGACGGGGUUUCUGUGUGGGCGGGGCCAGGGCUGUGGGCGGGGCCGGGGGCUGUGGUUCAGUCAUCGUACAGACAUUAAUGAACAUUACUCCGAGGUGUUGACGUACACUGCCACGUCGUCUCUCCGUCUUUUUUAGGAAAUAAAAGAAUCCAAGUGCUUUUUAUUUAGAAACCGUUUGUCGGCCUCGAGAUCAACCAGACGUGUUGCACGAGCACUUUACUUUGUCUGUUGGGGAAUUGUACCUUUUUUUUUUCUUCUUUUUUUAAAGGGCAUAAAAACUAAGAUAAUUGAUAACACUGCUGUUGUGCACUCGCUAAAUUGUUGAAACUAAACCAAACGCUAACAUUAAAUACUGACAUUUAAAGGGUCUGGGUUGGCCUGAUACUACUGCUGUCUCCAAAAACGACAAAAUACUUGAUGUCUUGUUUGCUGCAUAUCGACUUUUUAGUUUUUUGGGUGGCAGAUCCUUCUUUGUAUGCAAGUGUAUUUUUUAUGUUCACUAAAAGAUUGUAUUGGCAUUCGCUCACUAUUUGUGUUACACUAGUGUACUUAUCAUCCUCGUUGAUUUUUUAUCUUUGAUCCCAUGCCGUCUAUUUAUUUUAAAAAGUGGAAGCACUGAAACCCGAUUACAUUUCCAAGUGAAUAAAAGUCACAUUUUUCAUUUUUA